AUGAUUUUGUCCCUUCCAAGAGAGAAAGGUUGGAGAACACCUUAUAUAUAUCUCUUCCAAGGAUUUUGGUGUCAACCAGCUGAAAUCCAAGCUAUAAGCAUUUUCCAAAAUCACUUCCAAGCCAAAGAUAGUGAUGUCUUUGUUGCAACUGUUCCAAAAUCAGGCACAACUUGGUUGAAAGCUCUUACUUUUGCCAUUGUGAAUCGCCAAGACCAUCUCAUUUCAUCCAAAAACCAUCCUUUGUUUAGUUUCAAUCCACAUGAUCUUGUUCCUUUCAUUGAAUACAAUGUCUAUGGUAAACAUGAUCAAAUUCCGGAUUUGUCGAAUUUUCAUGAGCCUAGACUUUUUGGCACACAUAUUCCAUUUGAUUCAUUGCCCAACUCAAUCAAAGAUUCCAAUUGCAAGAUAGUUUAUAUUUGUAGGAACCCUUUUGACACAUUUAUCUCUUCUUGGAUUUUUGUCAACAAAAUCAAACCAACUUCAAUGCCUACAUUGAAAUUAGAGGAAGCUUUUGAAAUGUAUUGUAAUGGAUUAGUUGGUUUUGGCCCAUUUUGGAAUCACAUGUUGGGUUAUUGGAAUGAGAGCAAAGAGAGACAAAAAAAUGUUCUUUUUUUGAAGUAUGAGGACAUGAAAGAAGAUGUCAAUUUUCAUUUGAAAAAUUUGGCUAUGUUUUUGGAAUGCCCUUUUAGUUUGGUGGAAGAGAAUGAGGGUGUGAUUGAAAAUAUAAUAAAGUUGUGUAGCUUUGAAAAAAUGAAGGAGUUGGAGAUAAAUAAGAUAGGAACAUUUGGAAGGAACUUUGAGAAUAAGUCCUUAUUUAGAAAAGGUGAAAUUGGUGAUUAG